AUGCCAAUAGCAGGCAACAAGUGUGGAGCUGCCCAUCUAACAUAAAGGCUGGUGGAGUGCCCUGUAUCAUUAUACAGUGGAGAGAGGCAGAGCUGGGUGUAUUCGGUUCAUCCUGUCACACAGAUGGAGUCUAUUCUGAAUAGCACUGAAGAGGCUGUGGGGGAGGAUUAUUACACUCUGCUGGGCUGUGAUGAGCUCUCCACGGUUGAACAAAUUACGGCAGAAUAUAAGGUUAGAGCCCUCGAGUGUCAUCCUGACAAACAUCUAGGCAAUCGAAAAGCAGUUGAACAGUUUCAGAGACUUCAACAAGCCAGAGAUACCCUAACCAAUGAGGAGAGUCGAACACAGUAUGACUAUUGGAGACGAAGUAGCAUCAUGAUUCCAUUUUCACAAUGGGAAGCCUUGAAUGAUUCAAUAAAAAUGUCAAUGCAUUGGGCUGUAAAGAACAAAAAGGAAGCCAUGCUGGAGGCCCCAGAUAAAUCUCCAACUGAAACACAUGAUGACAUUUCAUUUAACCCAGAAGAAAAGAAAAAACAGAUCAGUGAUGAAAACGAGGAUCAUGUAUUGAAGAAAGCACCAGAAGAUUUCGAUUUGCUGUCGCCUAAAAGUCCUGAAGGGAAUCCUGACAUGACCUACUGUCUCCUGCGCUUUCGCUGGUCAGCUGAGGCCCCCUCGGAUCUCCUUCGGAAAUUCAGAAAUUAUGAAAUCUAGACCUCCUCCACUUAAAUGUUAAAUUCUUUCUCCUCUAUAGUAUACCGUAUAUAAAAAUCUUAUACCUAAUGUAUUUUAUUUCACAGCUUCCUAAUAUAUUUGUACCUAUCUGACAUAGUUAUAUAGAAGCUCUGUGAUCUGUUGUACAUUUAAGACAAGAAAAAAUGUAUAAGCUGAGUAUACAUAGAUCUGUCUGUCAAGUGCACUUGUAAUGAAAUAUAGUGUCAUGAAGAUAAAGGGAUUUGUGUUGGCGCCGCUGCAAGAAUACAAAACAUAUCAGGAUAUUGUAAUGUUCUUUACCGUCUCUAAAAUUUACAGAAACAAUGGGAGAGGGGGGGAAUAUAUCAUAAUUGGGCGGGUUUACAUCCCUCUUGCUAUUUUUGAAGAAGUGGGUGGGGCUUUUAGUUAAAGGCAGCAAGGCCCAGGGUAUUUACCAUCAUUUAUGCCAGUAAAUGGUGUAAAUUAUAGUAACAAUGAUUUCAAAUCACGGAGACAAUGAUGUGGCAGAUUUAUUCAAAUUUAGACAGUAAAUCUGUCCCAAUGUAUUUCAGGGCUAAAGUAACCCCUUCAUAAUGCAGCUCUUUAUGAACCUAGCAAAGGGUUUUAUUUUACCACUGGCUCCCACUCAGAUUUCUAUGCCAAGCAAGUCUGUCUGUAGAUCUAAACCCUCCAUAUCCAAAGAUUUAAACAGGUGUUUAGUAAGUUUAAUAUUUAUCUGUCUCUUACACUUUAUACUGUAAUAUUGCUGCCCCAUGAAACACUCCUGAGGUA